UAUUGUUCCAGGAAGAAGGUCUGGGGAAAGCACUGAACUGCGUCAACAACUGUUUCUAUGACACUUUGGCAUUUCAGCGACUGUUCAACAUGGCAAGGAGCCACUGCUGAGUGAUUUAUGGCACUGUUCCUGGACGGGACUUUGUUAGGAAACAACAUGGACACAUCAAACUUUGCCCACGUCAUCUUCCAGAAUGUGGGGAAGAGUUACCUGCCCCAUGCUGCGCUGGAGUGUCACUAUACCCUGACGCAGUUCAUCAAACCACAUCCAAAGGACUGGGUUGGCAUAUUCAAGGUUGGUUGGAGCACAGCGAGGGACUAUUAUACAUUCUUGUGGUCGCCUCUCCCUGAGAACUAUGUGGAAGGCACCGCAGUCCACAGAACAGUGGUCUUUCAGGGAUAUUAUGUACCCAAUGACGACGGUGAAUUCUACCAGUUCUGUUAUGUGACACACAAAGGGGAGAUCCGGGGGGCCAGCACACCAUUCCAGUUUCGCGCCAACAGCCCCUCAGAAGACGAGCUGCUGACUGUGGAGGACGAAUGCAACUCUGACAUCCUGGUGGUCACCACCAAGGCUGGCUUCCUUGAGCAAAAGGUGGAAGAAGCCCAGAGAGAGAAAGAUGAGCUGCUUAAAAACAUGGCCCUCCUGCAGCAGGAGAAGGAGCAGCUGGAAGCAGAGAAAGAAAGUCUGCAGAAGGAGUGUGAGCAGGAGAAGGAGAUCUGUGCCCAGCUGAGAAGAGAAAACCAAGAGGUGCAGCAUUCUUCCCAGGCCCUGCUAGAGGAGAAAGAAGAGGUGAAGAGAAGACUGGAGGAGGCCACAGCCAGAAUUAUCCAGUUGGAGGAGGAUCUGAUUGGAGUCACACAGAAGGGCCUUCAAAAGGAAACCGAGCUGGACAGUCUCAAGGACAGAGUGAAGAAACUUACAGCAGAGAAGGAGGCUCUUGAAUCUCAUCUCAAGAAUGAGAAAGAUGAGAAGGAACUGUACAAGAUUCACCUGAAAAACCGGGAGCUGGAAAACACUAAGUUGAGCGCGGAGCUGCAGAUGCUGAAGUCUGUGGAUGUGAACAAGGAAAACACAAUUGCCCAGUUUAAGGAGGAGGUGGGACGCCUGCAAGCAUGCCUCACCGAGAAGGAGAAACAGUACAGAGAGAUCCUGGCCAAAGUCUCCCCCUUGGGAGAUAUGAAAGCCCUGAAGGAGCAGCUACGGCAGAAGGAGGAGCAGCUCCAGGCCAACCAGCAGCAGUCCUCCUUGUUGGCGGCUGAGUUGAGGGACGCCUCAAGCGCACGCGACCGAACCAUGUCCGAACUGUACCACAUGAAGCUCGAGGCCGAUGCCCUUCGCCAGGCCAAGGCGGAGGCUCAGGCCCACUGCGCCCGCCUGGAGUGCCUGGUAGAGCAGAUGAAGGCAGACGCCAAGCAGGAAGCUGCCAAAGCAGUGGAAGAAGCUGCUGCCGACCCAGCUGUUGUAGCAGAGCUGCAGAGAGAGGUGGAGGACCUGAAGCUGCGGCUGCACAUGGCUGCAGAGCACUACAAGGAGAAAUACAAGGAAUGUCAGCGUCUGCAAAAACAAGUGCUUAAACUCUCGGAACAGCAAGGGGAUGUGAGGAGAAGCUCAGCACAAGAUGCUGCAGCAGUCCCUGCGUCAGUGAGUCCAGACACGUCUGUGCCAGGGAGUCCUGGUUCUGCUGAUCCCAUGUUGGAAGCCAUCAUCCAGGAGAAACUCAAAGGCAUCAGCCGAGAGGCGUCAGACAGGAAUGACAAGUACAGAAAAUGCAAGCAGAUGCUGAUGGAGGAGAAGGAGCGUAGCUGCAUGUUUGCUGAUGAGCUGGCCAAGAUGGAGGUGAAAUUUAAGGAGCAACUGAAGACUAACGAGAACCUGAAGCUGCAGCUUGCAGCAGAAGAAGAUCGUUAUAAGAGCCAGGUAGCUGAGAAAGGACGGGAAGUGAAGGAACUGAAGGACUCACUUGCGCUUGUUGUGAAGGAGAAGGAAAAACUGGAGGGGGUGCUCCAGAAGGGCAGCAGCAAGAAGGGAGAUCAGGGGGCCAGUGAGAAAACCAGUUUGGAGAACCUCCAGUCCAGUGUGCCUUUAUUCCUGCAGUACCCAGUCCCUUACACCCAGGAUGCCCCCACCCCUCUGCUGGUUUCUCAGAGCCCCAGCAAGCUACACUUUGGGAACCCUUACUCCAUCUCAGACUCAAAAGAUGAGGCAGACGAGGAGUUCUCAGAUGACCAGCCACUGAGGCUGCCCCCCGUUGGGCCGCCCUCCUGGGACAGCAAUGUGGUGUGUAUCCAACCCACCCGCAACCACAGUCGGCCAGAAGGCCACGAGGAGUCAGAGGAAAAGCAAAACAACAAUGGUAACACCAAUGAACAGCCCACAGCAACUGAAACUCAUAGCCCAUUUGUGAAUGAUGGACAAACUGCCUUCUGCUUUGAUCCCAGCAUGGACAUGAAACGGUGUCCGCUCUGCGAGGUCAUCUUCCCGCCCAACUACGACCAGAGCAAGUUUGAGGAGCACGUGGAGAGCCACUGGAAAAUCUGCCCCAUGUGCAGCGAGCAGUUCCCGCUGGACUGCGACCAGAAGGUCUUUGAGAAUCACGUGCUCACUCACUUCGACGGCCACCCGCUCAACUUCGACUAGAGAAACAGAAAAAAAAAAAAAAAUCAGCACAUCCAGUCUGCCAACUUCCCCGUCAGCCACUGAAAUCAGUCACUCUGCACUCUUUUCUGCAUGUAAUGGUGUGAAGAUCCUCUCUUUAGGACUAUACUGACUUUCGCUUUCUUACUUCAACUUAGAGAAACACUUUGAGGUGAUGUGACAUUUUAAAAACGACGUUCUAAUUCAGUGUAUAUCGCAGGGCUACUGAAUGUUUGCAAACCAAAAUGUUUUUUUUUUAUAGGUGAAAGAUUUCCCUUCAUUUGGAUUUGAAGAAUAAUUUAGGGGGAUAAGACUGUUGUACGAAUAUAUAUACUGACUUUUAAUUGACUCGGCUCUCACAGAUCUGUUAGACUACAGGAUGUAACGAAUCAGGGAAAGAGAUAAGUGUUUACCAAACUUACAUUAAAAACAUGCAAACAAAUGCUUCCCCCCCCCCUCCCCCUUCAACAUCACUGUACAAGUCAUUUGGUCAUUCUUUAUACAUAGAAAGCAGCCUUGGUGCACUAUAUGCAGUCAGGGAGAAAUCUUCAGUGAUUAUAUCCAUACAUGAUUAUACAGUAUAUCAUCAGAUCAUCUAUUUUAGAAUAAUUAAAGCCAAUGAUAUUGUGACAGCCUUGAUACUUUGUGUAUGAUAUAGAUUUGUUUUUUUUUUCUCGUUAGGUUUCCUUUUUGUUUCGAUUCUAAUUAUUUAAUUGUGUCUGAAUCCUUAUUAAACUUUUCAUAUCAUUAGCUAAUCAGUGCAUGCUGAGCUUCUGUUCAAUUCCCCCGCCCCCAUUUUGUUCUCCUCUUUUAACGUAUUAAGUUAUUUUACUCAUAGAAAUGUUUCAUUAGUUCGGUGAGUUUCAUGUAUCUAAAAUGAACGAAUAAAGUCUGUUUGAAACUGAA